CGUGGCUCGAGCGAGAUGUCGCGUGCAGUGUAAACAGUGACCGUUAAUAAGAUGUAAACAACAGCUUCCAAACUUUCGAUAUUUACUUUAUAUUUAUAAUUUAACUCGUUUCUCUGAGGGGGGGAUUGAAGUUUAGAGUAAGAAUGAGAGCCGUUAUAGUGACUGUUACAGUUUUACUUUGCUCGGAGGCGCUGAGUUUGGGUUUUGAGGGUUUUAAAGUUGGAGAGACGACGGAGGAAAAGCAGAAAUGGAGAAACGAAUUCGGUUUUACUGAUUUAAUACAGAAGAAAGUCAAGAGGAGCGAAGAUUCGUGUCUUUUACCACCGCAAUAUCAAUCCAAACUGCAGGAAAACACGCACACUCGUGUCUUCACCGAUGUGACGGGCUCUGUGUCACUCGCCUGGGUCGGAGAUGGAACAGGGGUACUGCUGGUCCUCACUACGUAUCAGAUGCCGGUGUUCAUGUACCGCUUCAGCCAGCCCAAGCUCUACAGGAGUGAAGACUAUGGGAAGACCUUCCAGGACAUCACCAACCUCCUCAACAACACGUUCAUAUUCGGCCAGUUUGGAAUUGCUAUCAGUCCAGACAACUCUGGGAAGGUGAUCCUGUUGGGUUAUGUGUCUGAGGGAAAGGGCUCACGCAUCUUCCACUCGCUGGAUUUCGCUAAGAGUUUCAGCCCGACCGAUUUGCCCUUUCAGAUCCAGAUGCAGUUCACUUAUAACCCACAAAACAGCACCGUACUCACCGCUAUCAGCAACACGUAUGACCUGUGGCUCUCCGAGGAUUUUGGACUCGACUGGAAGAGGAUCCACGAGACCGUGUGUCUGGUGAAAUGGGGCACUGCAGACACCCUGUUCUUUACCACGAACCCCAACGGAUCCUGCACUGAAAAGGGUAUGUUGGAGUUGAGGAAGACCACAGACUAUGGCAGAAGCUUUGAGACCAUAGGGACCAGGAUUUACUCCUUUGGCCUGGGAGGUCCCUUCAUCUUCGCCUCCGUCAUGUCUGGCAUGAGCUCAAUGCGGAAGAUCCAUGUGUCGGUGGAUCAGGGGACGGUCUGGAACAUGGCCCAGCUGCCCACAGUAGGACACGAGCAGUUCUACUCCAUCCUGGCCAUCAACGACAACAUGGUGUUCAUUCACGUGGACGAACCCGGAGACUCAGGGAUGGGCACCAUCUUCGUGUCGGAUGACCGAGGCAUCCUCUUCUCCAAGUCUCUUGAGCGGCAUCUUUACACGUCCACUGGAGGCGAAACUGAUUUUACCGUCGUCACCUCGCUCAGGGGCGUCUACAUGACGAGCAUGCUGGCUCACGAUGGUUCCGUUCAGACAGUGGUGACAUUCAAUCAAGGAGGUACGUGGAGGCCCCUACAGAAACCUUGGAACACUGAAUGUGACUCCACCGCAAAGGAUCCUGAAACGUGCAGUCUUCAUAUCCACGCCUCCUACAGCACCUCCAUGAGGCUCAAUGUGCCAAUGCUGCCGCUAACUGAACCUAAUGCUGUCGGGCUCAUGCUCGCUCAUGGUAGCGUAGGUGACGCCGUGUCCAUCUUGUCUCCCGAUGUGUACGUGUCCAGUGACGGCGGGUACACGUGGGCACACGCGCUCAAAGGGCCGCACCACUACGCCGUUCUGAACUCGGGCGGAAUACUCGUGGCAGUGGAACACAACCCCAUUCAGCCAAUCUCUCAGAUCAAAUUCUCCACAGACGAGGGUCAGUGCUGGCACGCGUUUAACUUCACAGACGAGCCGCUCUACUUUACAGGUUUGGUCUCCGAACCCGGGGCUCGAUCCUCCAGCCUGAGCCUGUGGGGCUACAGACGGCCGGUGCUCAGCCAACACUUGAUUUCGGUCACCGUAGACUUCCGCCAGCUGCUCUCCAGAGACUGUUUGCAGGAGGAUUACGUGCAGUGGCUCGCCCACUCUGAGGACACCGGAGGCCCCAACGAUGGCUGUCUGCUGGGAUAUAAAGAGAGAUUUGUACGUCUACGAAAAGGCUCGGUGUGCUGGAACGGACGGGAUUACGUCGUCACCAAGCAAUCCACGCCGUGUCCAUGCACGCUGGACGACUUUCAGUGUGAUUUCGGGUACUACCGCGCUGAGAACAGCUCGGAGUGUGUGCCGCAGCCGGAGCUCAAGGGCCACGCGCUCGAGUUCUGCCUGCAUGGCCGGAAAGAGCAGCUGCUAACCAACGGGUACAGGAAGAUCCCCGGAGAUCAGUGUGAGGGAGGAACACAGCCGGAGAGGAAAGUGGUCGAUCUGAGUAAGACGUGCGUCAGUAACCUGCUGAGUGCUGAAGUGUCAGAAGAUUAUAAGAUCACUGCUGCGGUGAUAGCCAUAACCAUUGUUGCUCUGCUCAUUUGCACGGUCGCCGGGGUUUUCUUCAUCAAGAAGUAUGUCUGUGGAGGAAGAUUCCUGGUGCAUCGCUAUUCAGAGAUGCUGAGGCAUGUGGAGGCAAACGGCACUGAGGGAGUGGACGAGAUGGACACCGCAGACGCCGGAGUAAACCACGACUCCGAUGAGGACCUUAUACCAUAAAAGACAAUGGACUGGAUCCAGCCACUGGAACAGGAAAUGCACCUUGGCAGUAUUUUAAUGUUGAUGGUUUUAUUAUCUUCCUCCCUGUGCUCUACAGGGGUACAACAGGUGACUUGAAAUGUGGUUGUGGGUGGCUGUAGUUGAUGUGCAUCUGAUACGUCAGUUUAAUACUAGUGAGGCUGAUUUUUCCAGCACAUUCCAGUAAAGAUGCACUUCAGCUGAACUGGCCUGGCAAUGAACAUGGGCAGGAAUUCCAACACUUAACACAGUUUUCACUGCACUGAAGAAACUUCACUCACCUACAGUUUUACCAAUGCCAAGUAGGAAAGGCUGCCGGUAAGGUUAUUAUUCACAUAAUAAUGUGCUUUAAAAUAUCACUGCAAAGUGAUGUGUUAACUAGCUCAGUUAAUUAAGCUAAAACCUUCACAAACCUUGCUGCUUUGUUGAGUUUACCAGCUUGCAAUUUAGCAUCCUUGCACCUUAAUCACAGGAAAGACAGAAACGAACUCUUGUCAAAAUGAAUUUUUGGCCGUAGAUAAAUAUCCCUUCCAUCUAUUGCUGAAGAAGCUCCAGGUCAUCCUGCCCAUACUACACACCACCAAGGCCCUAAAGAAUCAGGGAGUAUCCUGUUAUAAUUGAAGCCCAAAGGUUUUGUUAUAUUUUUAGAUAAAGGUUUUAAGGGCUGGUUAGACAACCCCUAGUUCUCUCCUCCUCUUUAUGCAAACAUUUCUUGUAAGAUUUCUGUUGGAGUUGAGUUUAUAAUAAAUAGAUUUAAAUACACAUUAUAUCAAUCUAGGUGACAAUCAGAAUAUUUUAUGUUAAUAAUUACAUGGUAAAUAAAUCUGCCCCCUUAAUUGGAGAUUAGUGGUGCACAUUAGGUCCCUAUUUGUAUUUUAAAACAAUGUAUUAUAUAUGGUUUAGGUUAAGUUUGUAAUCAUACAUGAUCAAAUAUUAAACAGAACACCAAUAGUUAACCAACAAAGCCUUAAAUAUAUUUUGCACUAAUGAGACUUCAGAUUGGAUGGUAAAUAAUAAUUAUAAUAAUUAGUUAAUGAUGAAGUGAGGGCAAGGCAUAGUUCUGGUUUGCACUCUUUAAAUUAGGAUGAAUAAACUGUUUUUUGCACCCAAGUAAACAGUGCCCCACUGGUUGAAAAGCCCUGCUCUAUAGUAUGUUGGGUGGUUGUGUAAAAAUGCAGCCAGAUCGAAGGAGAGAGAGAGAGAGCAUCUGUGGUUUGAAGACUAGAUUUCCACCAAGGCCAAAAACUCACUGAAGCCUUAAUUGACCGGCUAAUGUCAGUAGAACUUGUGUGUGUACCAGGUUCUUUGUUCUGUGUCACUUAAAACAUUGCAGUUGACCUUUUUAGCCUGUUUUUUAAUGUCCUGUGAUUUAAUUGAGGUACUUUACACCUGCACUGUAAGUUUAUACUGACAGCUUGCUAAGUAACUCAUUAUAUUUUACUCAUCAUGUGAGAUAAGCUGAUUGAAGCAGUGUUACACUGAGGAAAGGAUCCUGAUUGCAUCAGUCUAGGAUUUUUUGUUUUGAAGCGGCUAAAUGGUCUUUAACUCAAGACAGCAUUCAUGUUACAUUUUCAUAAACCAGACUAAGCACACAAUAGCAAUCUUUAUAGCAAUAAGUACAUUUAACUGAGUUGAUUCUCUAAUCUUACUUGUUCUGACAUCUCUGUAAUUUGCUUCACUGUUCAGCCAUUUCUUUCCAUUUUCAUGACAGACAUAUGUAGCAAAAGGAAAUUAACUGUUUACACAGAUGAAGUCAAAACUGUGCAUCUAUUGUAGGGGACACUUAUGUCAUGGCAGUAUUUUAUUUUAUUUGCUUAGAAAGAUGUCAGUGAUUUUGCACAACCUUGUGUUAUGUGUUAAUGAUUAUGAUUUAGUACAGAUAGUAAUUUCUUCCCCUAAUAAUUAGAGCUAUGUUGACAUCAUUAAAAUGAAACCCCAAAAGCCUCACACUUAGGAUGAAAACCCAAACUGUUACUUUAUGCUGCGAGAAAAUUUAGGUAGUCAUAUGUAGUCCAAAAACCCCAAGAAAGAUGUUUCGGCUCUAGGUUUGGUUUAAAUUAGAAGAUAUUAAAGCAUAGUUGACACUGUGCACAGUGAACUUUCUCUGCUCCUGCUUUUUCUUGUAUACGUGUCCCUUAUAAGUGUAUGUAAACUUUUGACUUUAACUGUAUGACAAGACAAUAAUGCCUGGAUAUGAUGUGAAUACAGUGUUUUUAUGGUACUUUUUUAAAAAUAUACAUCUCAGGGGUUCUCCCUUUAGUCACUGUUUGUGAUGGGGAAGGUUUCAGAAAGUGUAGAUGGUUGUAUGUUGGAUUCAUUUCUGCUAAAUUCAGUUUUUAACUUUUUUAUUUGAAUCCAAUGUUUGAAUGUAAGUGAAGAAAACACAUUAUAUUUCCAUUGUUGUAAAUAUAAUUUGUGUAUUAUAGCUGCUGUUUGUACCUACAUCAUGUGUUUUAAGAGUGUACAUCAAGUUUUAAGAGUCACUUUCAACUCACAAUGCUUGUAAUUGACUUUUUGUGGUCAAUUCCCACAACAAUUUAAAUAAAGGACCAACUAUAGGCUACUUUGUAAUUGAUAGUAUUUUUUGACUAGCUAUUUUUGUGCAAAGUUAAUAAAAUUUAUUUUAACUAUG